AUGUGGUGGUUAUUAUUAUUUGUCUGCCUCGGCCACGCUCACGCCCGCGCCAUCGUCUAUCUCAUCCGACACGGCGAGAAACCCACCGAUCCGACAGACCAUGGCCUCACCAUAGAUGGCAUCCGGCGCGCGGAGUGUCUGCGUCAUGUCUUUGGCUCUGAGUCGGGCUAUGAGAUUGGACAUAUCAUGGCGCCGAGGGUGAAAUGGAAUGGCGCGCACAGACGUUCCUAUGACACCGUCCUCCCGCUCGCACUCGAUCUCGGUCUUGAUAUCGACACAUCCUGUUCCCGGAACGAUGUCGAGUGUGUCACGGAGACGGUUCUGUCCUAUGACGGUCCUGGCAAUAUUUUGAUCUCCUGGCGGCAUGGACGAAUGCGUGAAAUUGAGAUGUUGUUGGGUGUUCUGGAGCCGCCGAAGUAUCCGUCAAAUCGUAGAUUCGACCUUAUCUGGACGACGCCUUAUCCCUAUCACCAUAUCACGGAUAUUCGGGGCGAGGAGUGUCCCGGGUUGGAUUUGGCGGCCAGACUAGAACGGCUGCGAAGCCACGCACAGGCCUUUGACGGCCUGCUGUCUUUGAUCCCCGCCAAAUACUACUACGGCGAGGACAAUAAUGUAUGUCUCCCCUCCUUUUCUGGCCAAUCUGAUUCUUACUUUGUAUUUCUCCAGGAUCAAUGGAAGCGCAAGAAGCAGACCAAGGAACAAGCCCGCGAAGCCAAGCGUGCAAAACUCGACCCCGAGUCCGCCAAAACGGCCAAAGACGUCAUGGACGAGAACGCUCGAAAGCGCAAGAGAGAGGCUGGUGCACAAGACUCUGAUUCCUCGGACGGAGAGCUUGGCUCGGAAGUACCCAAGGAAGGAUUGAACCGUGGCAACGCAAAACCCAAGAAGCAGAAGCAGGCUGAAGAUCCUGCGGCGGCGGCUAAGUCAGCGGCAGAUGCAGAGGCCAGAAAAAAGGAGAGAGAGGAGAAAAAGGCUCAGAAGAAGGCUACUCAGAAGGAAAAGAAGAAGGCUAAGGAAACGGCCAAGAAGGAGAAGCAAAAUCAGCGGGCUGAAAAGCCUGCCCCCGCUGAACCAGAGGAAGCCUCCGAGGCUGAAGAUGAUGAUGAAGUCGGUGAAAAUGUCGCUGCCGAGGAGGGAUUCUCUUUCCAAAUGGACCAGCCCUCAUCUGCCUCCUCCUCGCCCAACUCCCCCGAUGCCUCCAACCCCCAAUCUGGCAGCUCGUCCAUCUCAUCCAUUGUCCCCCCCACCAACUCCGAGUCAAAACCUCUCAAACCCACCCCGGAAGAGCUGAAGCAGCGUCUCCAAAAGCGCUUGGACGAACUGCGAGCCAAGCGGCACGCAGACGGAUUGAACGGCAAGCCAGCCCGCAACCGCCAAGAGCUCAUCGAGGCCCGGCGACAGAAAGCCGAACAGCGCAAACUACACAAGAAGGAGCUGCGGCAAAAGGCCAAGGAGGAGGAACAGCUCAAAAAUGACGAAGCCAUGGCACGGAGAUUUUCGCCCGGCGGCUCGGGGUCGCUUCUUGCUUCUCCUCGCUCGCCCGUUGAUUCCGUAGGGUCGGCGUCCAACAAUUUCUCCUUUGGCCGCGUUGUUUUCACGGAUGGUCAGCUUGUCGACUCGUCAUUGUCUGGCGUGAGCGACAAGCCCACCCAGCGCGGUGCCAAGGACGCCGCCGCGCAACUCAAGGUCGCCGAAGCGAAGAAGGCCCGUCUGGCCGAGAUGGACCCGGAGAGGCGCGCCGAUAUCGAAGAGAAAGACCGCUGGUUGAAUGCCAAGAAGCGUGCACACGGCGAGCGCGUCCGUGACGACACUUCUCUGCUGAAGAAGGCGCUCAAGCGCAAGGAGUCCGCGAAGAAGAAGUCCGAGCGGGAGUGGAGGGAGCGUAUUGACACCGUUGCCCGGGCCAAGGACCAUAAGCAAACCAAGCGUGAAGAGAACCUGCGCAAGCGGCGAGAGGAGAAGGGCAACAAGGGCAGCAAGGGGAAGAAGGCUGCUGCUGGGGGCAAGAAGAAGGCCCGACCUGGGUUUGAGGGCAGUUUCAAGGCCAAGACGGGUGGGAAGAAGAAAUGA